GCUAUUUUCCCUCUUCUUCACUUAUCCUUCUAUCUGUAUCAUCAUCUCCAAGGAAGAGCAUAUAAAUUAAAGCAGGAGUAAGCUUUUUUGUGUUGAAAGUGCAAGUAUCAAAUUCUAGUGAGAGUCUGGGCAGUCCUUCAUAUUCCUACUAUACAUAUAGAGCAUGAAGGAGAGUGGGAGGAAACAGGGCGCAGCAUCGCCAUGCGCAGCAUGCAAGCUUCUAAGGAGAAGGUGUGCCCAAGACUGUGUUUUUGCUCCUUAUUUUCCUGCAGAUGAGCCCCACAAGUUCGCUAAUGUGCACAAGGUCUUUGGUGCUAGCAACGUCAACAAGAUGCUCCAGGACUUACCGGUGCACCAACGGGGUGACGCUGUUAGUAGCAUGGUGUACGAGGCCAACGCCAGGGUACGUGACCCGGUUUAUGGGUGUGUCGGAGCCAUAUCAUCACUACAACAACAAAUAGACACCCUUCAAACUCAAUUGGCACUGGCACAGGCAGAGGCGAUGCACCUCCGGGUGAGGCAGACUGUGCCGUUUUCAAAUCAUGGGUUCGGCCCUGCAAGCCCAAGUCAUAGUGGGUCACCCUCAUCUAGGCUCAUGGGUUCACAAGCCAAGCCUAUUUUUGACAUGGAUAUGGUACUUGACCAGGCUAGCUUGGGAGAGUCCAUGUGGUCAUGCUAGCUUAAGUAUAUUACAUAUAUAGGCUACAUUUUUGUCACCCUAUGCUUUAUUUCCCUCUUAUUAUAAUCCCUAAAUUAUCUUAUAUACAACAAUUUGCGUAGACAAAAAGAGAGGUGGUGGCGAAAGCGGUGGCGCUGUGGCGGCUAUUGUGUGUUGAGGUCAUUUGGCUUUGGUUUGAAAAUGGUGUUUGUCAUUAACAAU